AUGGCAAAAGAUCCAACGGCAGAGGUGGUAGCUUUAUCACCAGAAAGGCUACUAGCGACAGGUGUUUACGUCUGUGGAGUGUGCAAGAGAGGGUUCGAAAGAGAUCAGAACCUUCAGCUUCACAAGCGAUCACACAACCUGGUGGUGAGUCUAAAGAAGAGCGGUACCCACAAGAAGAGGAAGCGUGUCUACGUCUGCCCCGAGCCGAGCUGUGUAUACCAUGACCCAACCCGUGCCCUCGGCGACAUCACCGGCAUCAAGAAGCACUACCUCCGCAAGCACUGUUCGCGGAGGUGGAGGUGCGAGAACUGCGGCAAGAUGUACGCCGUCGAGGCCGACAUGAAGGUGCACUUCAACCGGUGCAGCACCGGCAACUUCAGGAAGAGAAGUUGUGCCGCGCACCAGAAGGACUGCAACGUGGCCAACCCAAGGGGCGUGCCGAUGAUGGCGCACGAGGGAGGGAAUGGUGUUUCCAACGUAGUUCAGGGAGUCACUGCGUCGAAUGCAUCGCAUCCGUUGAUGGCUCCAUCAUUUGCCAACUUUAAUGAAGGAAUGGGAAGCAACGCAUCGUGGACGACCGGGGGAUAUGCUGUUGGGGGAGAAUGGAAUGCUGAGAACUAUGCGGGCCCCGGGGGAUGCGUUGGGAAUGGGGCUGCCUGGUUUGGUGGAAAUGAUUCCGGUCUGCCGCCGAUGGAUGCGUUGGCUUACAUGAGUUGGAUGAGAUUUUGA